AGCUGGCCGAGCUAUCUAGGCCAGAUAAAGGAAUUCCUGUCCGUGCCCAGGUCCUAAAACUCAUCGUUCUCAGCCACUAUUCUCUACUUUGCUUUUCAGUCCAGAUCGACUAUCCAUUUGCAGUCCACUUCACACUUAAUUAUACCUUCCGCUAUGGCAUCUUCCGAAGAUCAGUGUGAGGUACCCGAGCUGCUUACCCGCUUUACUAGCUGGAAGCAUCCUCAGACGGCCCACAUAUUCCAGUACUCCAGACAGAGCUGUGACCGCUCACUCAAGGAAGUCUCUCAAAAUGAAGUUAUCUCGCGCAAUGGCGAAUUUGCCGCAUGCGGAGGUCUCUACGGAAGCUGGGUCUACCCCGGUGGCGACGCUGAGAGGAUCAAAGUCGUUGCCGACUUUUAUUCGGCCUGGGUCUUUCUAGAUGAUCUCAUCGACAAUAGCAUUGACAUGAAGUAUACAUGCGAUGUGCUUGACGACAUCAAGGCCCGGGUGACAGGUCCUCUUAAGGGAGAUCAAGGCCUCGACCAUUUGUUCAGGCUCUGGAGCCAUGAGGGCUGGAACAGCGAACUCCUCCAGCUCGCAAAGGCUGAAAUAGAUCUCUGGCUCCAUUGUACCCAGGCUCUUCGCAAGAUUGAAGUGGAACAAGAACCGGUCUCCGUGGAGGAAUACUUGACCUACAGGCAAACCAACGCCGCAAUGGGUCUCAUGUUUCUCAUCGUGCCAUUCACGCGACCAGACCUUACCGACGACCUACUCCGUCUGCGCAAAUGGUCACCGGAUACUCUGAAGAACAUUUUCAGCUACAGCGGCCGAAAUAUGGGCGUAAUUCUCGACCUCUACAAGCUCAAUGCGCACCAUGCCCAGAUCACGGAGUACAGCCACAUCGCUGCAAUUGUCCAACAGAACUCCGACACCCGCAUGGACUUCCAGCAAGCUGUUGACGCCUCGGCUGAGAUCUUCCAUGAGUACGAGGACAAGCUUGCCGUCGAGUUCGCCAACGUGGCUACCUUGAGCCCCCGACUCGCCAAAGCGUUGGAGGAUGUUCACGCUGGCAGCAUCGCUUGGCUCAACCUUAUGCGCGGUCGCAGAUACGUCAAGAAGACCCAGUCACGACGUCGCGGCUAUGGCGCAAUGAUCGCUGCGACCAUCAUCUGUGGGCUCCUCCUGGCUGUUGUUCUUAUUCUCUGGCUAUGGCCUUCUUUGUGGUCUCAUUAUGUUCCGGUUGGAGGCAGACAGAUCUUUGCGGAGAUGUAAUCCAAUACACGGGAUUGGAAACCAUGGUGGUAGAGAUUUCAUUUUUAUUUCACGACAUAUAACGACAUUGGGCGGCUAGCGUGACUGAGAUAGUUUACUGAAGUUUGCAUUAAAUAUCACAUGUUCAUACCGAGGU